UGGUCAAACGUUACCGGUGGCGCCAGUCAAUAUAUCUCCCUCUCUCUGUCAAUAGACUCAAUUAUCUCUUUCUUUAUUUCAUCGCUUGCUUGCUGGGUCGUUGAAGGGUUUCGUGGAGCUACUCGUGUUCAGAGCUGAAGGAUUGUUUCCUGCUGUUUCUGGGUUUCCAGUUUUUGCUUUUGUGAAGAGAGAAAUGGCACAACGUUCACAUGUGCCAAAGUUUGGCAAUUGGGAAGCUGAAGGGAAUGUUCCUUACACGGUGUAUUUUGAUAAGGCGCGGAAAGGGCGAACUGAGGGGAAGGUGAUUAAUCCAAAUGACCCUGAAGAGAACCCAGACAUACUUUCCGAUUAUGUAGCUGCAAAAGCUUCUCCAUCAAAAAUGAAUGCUGCACCAGAGAAACCAAUAUCGCAGGGGGCAGUUGGACGAACCCAUGAACAUCAAAGAAGCAAGGAAGAUGGUGAUCUCAAACAGUUCAGUGAUUCUCCAGCACGUCAUGACCAUGUAAAUCGUAGAUCUAGCGAAUCAGCUCCUCGCUAUGGAGGCCGUGGAGUAAGCUCUGGAGAAACCAAUAAACGACCUACAAAAAGUAUUGGUUCUGAAAACAGCAUUGAGCAGUCACCACUGCAUCACCAAGCAAGAAAUGGAAGAGGUGUCAAGGCUCCUUCUCCUGCUUGGGAAGGAAAGGGUUCAUAUGAGGGUAGCCAUGGCACUCCUGGAAGGGCCCGAACAAGACCAAGUCCUAUUGGUGAUGAAAGUCCCGACAAAAGUGCUGCUGUGCCGAAAUUUGGAGAUUGGGAUGAGAAUAACCCUGCAUCAGCUGAUGGUUAUACGCACAUUUUUCAAAAAGUGCGUGAGGAAAGGCAGACAGCAAGGGUGCCAGGAGGCAUGCAAACUGAAUCAUCUCAUGACUACUAUCGUAGGCAAGCUGCCAAUAACGAUAGCGCUAAAAGUUGCUGUUUUCCAUGGGGCAGAAAAUGAGUUCUUCGAUAUGGACAAUAUUUCUGGAAUUUGUAAAUACACGGAGGGCUCUAUCGAAGGGAAGUGAUUUAUUCGCCGUGCAUUCAUUGUCUUUCUGUUCAGUGUGCUUAUAAAGACCGUAUGUUUUAUGGGAAAACAGGGUCGUCUUCAUCUGUCUUCAUCAUGCUUUGCGUCGUAGAUGGUCCUGUGUAAUGUACUAUUUACCAUUUCUGUUUUGUUAUUGUCUUUGUUGAAGUAUCAGCUUCAAAUCCCUCUUUUUGUCAUGCCAUUAGCACUCUUGUUUAUUCUCUUGUAUUGAUUUAAUUCACGAAUGCAAAGAUACUCCCUUCCCGAUCUUUGAUUUUA